AUGUUGAUGGAAGUUCGUCAGGCACGCUUUCCGGAGCGUGACAUUGAGGUGUCCAUCAUCCAGGAGGCCUUGCAGAACGGCGCUGAUCCGAAUGCCAGAGAGAAGGAGGAGACUGCCGAAGACGAAGCUCUGGGGCUCACCGGGCUGGCGCUGCUGGCCAUGUGCUAUCGCUCCAGCACCGAAUCUGUGACGAAGGGCAUCGAAGCUUUGCUUGAGGCGCGGGCAGAUCUGGAGACGGAGGUGGAUGACGGAGCGACCCCGCUCCUGGUGGCUCUGCGGCACCGAAACAUGACGGCGCUCGAGGUCCUGGCGAAAGCUAGCGCUGAAGGCCCUGCUUCGCCUGCACCACGGAUAGCAACCGAGAUUCUGGACGAGGUCAGCUGUUUGUCGGAAGACUCACGCCGGCUCCACGUCGAGGAACUUCUGCGGCCCGUAUUGCGUGGCUGUGGUCGCGGCCUAGCACCGCUUCCGCUGUGGACCUGGGUGGAGCAUGGUUCGGUCGCAGCAGUCGAAGCACUCCUACGAAGCAGUGACGAGGCAGUAUCGGUGGAGGAUGUCAUCAGCCUGCAAAGGUGCCGUGUCCAUGAGUCCAUGCCGCAAAUCCAGGACCUCCUUCAGCGCAAAUGCGGCGAGGAGGAGUUCUCCAGGCUGCAGACAGAAGCAGCCACGCGUCGGCUGCUGCAGGAACUUCGUGAAGCUUUCGAUGACCAGCGUGACGUGGAUCUGAUCAUCGUGCAGAACAGCUUGGAGCUGCAUGCAGAUCCAAACGCCCAGGAAGAGGAGGCAGAAGAUGGUCCUGAUUUCCAGGAAGGCAGCUACUCCCUCUCUGCACUGCAGCUGCUGGUAACAAAUCUGCACGUGGCAUCGGACACGAUGCAGAAAGCAGUUGCAGCGCUUGUGGAAGCAAAGGUGCAGGUGAACGCUGAUAUUGGAAACGAUACGCCGCUCCUCUCAGCAUUGCAGAGUCGCUGCGUGAACGGUGUGGCAGCUGUAUGCCAGCACGGGGCCAAAGUCUCUUCGGACUGCCUCGACGAGCUCAAGACGAUCUCGAGCAGUAAGGUCCGGCACGCACUCGAAGAUGUGCUGCAGCCUUUGAUCGGAAAGGACAAGCGACUCCGGUGCCCUCUCUGGAUGUGGGUGCAGAUUGGCGCUGUUGCGGCAGCAGAGGCCAUUGUGCGAAAUGCCUCGCACGACGAGGAAAUCGACGUUGACGUUCUCGUUGCCUUGCAGCGGUGCCGUGACCACUCGGCCAAGGAGGAGAUCACCAGCCUCUUGCAGGAUCACCUCGGUGAGGAGGAAUUCAAGAGGCUCGAGGCUGCCGCGGCAACUCGUCGGCUUCUCAUGGAGCUGCGAGAGGCUCACACCGAAGAGCGCGAGCCAGAGUUGGACAUCGUUUGCGAAGCGCUUGCUCAAGGUGCCAACCCAAAUGCGCAGGAGGAGGACGAAGAGGAGACGGACGAGGAAGAGGGGGAGGACGAAGAAGACGAGGCAGGAAGCAUGGAGGAGGACGAGGACGGAGAUGAGGAGGACAGCGACAAGGAGGAUGGCGAGACGGAGCCAGAAGGCGAGUGGGAUGAGGACGACACAGGAUGA